CCUGCGGGCGGAUUAUGUCAGCCCCGCGGCAGCCGCAGCCCCGAGCUGCGAGCGGAGCGAGCAGGCUGCCGCCCGCCCCGGCCAUGGCUCUGCCCCGGGGCUUCGGCCUCCUCCUGCUGCUGCCGGCGCUGGGGGGGCCCGGAGCCGCCAUCACCAUCCCCUCGGAGUACGGUCCGCACGAGUUCCUGCAGCCCCCCGAGCUGACGGAGCAGCCCCCGGAGCAGCUCGUCGUGUUCCCCAGCGACGACGUUGUGCUCAAGUGCGCGGCCACCGGCAACCCCCCGGUCCAGUACCGCUGGACGCGGGAGGACGAGCCCUUCGUGCCCGAGGAGCACCCCGGGGUGUCGCUGGCGCCGGGCUCCGGGACGCUGCUCAUCAACGCCAGCCUGGCCGGGCGCCUGCAGGGCCGGUACCGCUGCGCCGCCAGCAACGCGCUGGGCACGGCGCUGUCCACCGAGAGCCGCGUCAUCGCCGAGAACACGCCGCAGUGGCCCAAGGAGAAGGUGCUGCCGGUGGAGGUGGAGGAGGGGGACCCCGUGGUGCUGCCCUGUGACCCCCCCAAGAGCGCUGUGUCCCCCAAGAUCUACUGGCUCAACAGCCGCAUCGUGCACAUCGCGCAGGACGCGCGGGUCAGCAUGGGCCAGGACGGGUUCCUGUACUUCGCCAACACGCUGGUUGGGGACAGUCACCCCGACUACAUCUGCCACGCGCACUACCUGGGCCCCCGCACCAUCAUCCAGAAGGAGCCCCUCGACCUCCGCGUCGCCCCCAGUAACAUGGUGCAGUCCCGCCGUCCCCGGCUCGUGGUGCCGCGGGACUCGCAGCCGUCCCACGUCGCCCUGCGGGGGGGGACCCUGGUGCUGGAGUGCAUUGCCGAGGGGCUCCCCACGCCGUCGGUGCGGUGGCAGCGGCUGAACGGGCCCCUCCCGCGGGGCCGCGUCUCGCUGGAGAACUUCAACAAGACGUUGCGGCUGCGGGACGUGGAGGAGGCCGACGACGGCGAGUACGAGUGUGUGGCCGAGAACAGCCAGGGCCAGGCGCGGCGCAGCCACCUCGUCACCGUGGAGGCGGCCCCGUACUGGGUGCGGCGGCCGCAGAGCGGCGUGUUCGGGCCGGGGGAGGUGGCGCGCCUGGAGUGCGCCGUGCAGGGCAAGCCCCGGCCCCGCCUCGCCUGGCGCAUCAACGGCGUCCCCAUCGACGAGGUGCCGGGCUCCGCUCGCCGCGUGGUGCAGGAGGGGGCGCUGGUGCUGUCGCAACUGGAGCCCAACGACACGCUGGUGGCCCAGUGCGAGGCUCAGAACAGCCACGGCCGCCUCUUGGCCAACGCCUUCGUCUAUGUCGUGGAGCUGCCGGUGAAGAUCCUGACACAGGAUGAGACCCAGUACAUGGUGGUGGAGAACCGGACAGUGUUCCUGCACUGCCGGGCCUUUGGGGCCCCCGCACCCACCGUGGAGUGGCUGACACCAGGGCUGGAGCCGGCGCUGCAGGACGACCGGGCCUUCGUGUUCACCAACGGGACCCUGCGCCUGCGCCCGGUGGCACGGGGGGACGGCGGCACCUUCACCUGCCGGGCCCACAAUGCGCACAGCAACGCCAGUAUCAGCGCCCACCUCGAUAUCAGAGUGGCGACACGCAUCGAGGUCCCCCCCCAGAGCGUGACAGCGAAGAAGGGGCAGACGGUGACGUUCCGCUGCGUCGCCGCCUUCGACCCGGAGCUGUCACCACGGGGGCUCGAGUGGCACCGGGACGGGCAGCGGCUCCAGGACACAGCCGAUAGCGACAAGUAUGUGCUGAGCGGGGACACGCUGACGGUGACCGCGGUGGAUUACACGGACCAGGGCACGUUCCGGUGCCGCGCGUGGACCUGGCUGGAUGCGGCUGAGGCUGAGGCGCAGCUCCGGGUUGUGGGCCGUCCAGGCCCCGUGUGGGACCUGCAGGUGCUGGAGAUCAACGAGCGCCAGGUCCGGCUCAGCUGGACCCCUGGGGACGACAACAACAGCCCUGUGGAGAAGUUCGUGGUGGAGGAGGAGGAGGGGUUUUUCAGCGCCGGGCGCUUCGUGGAGCGGGUGACGGUGCCGGGGGGGCAGCCCUGGGCCCUGCUCACGCUCUCCCCCUACGGCCAGUACCGCUUCCGUGUGCUGGCGACCAACGCCUACGGGCGGGGGGAGCCCAGUGCCCCCAGUGCGCCCAUCGACAUCCCUGCAGCAGCCCCCGAGCGCAACCCCGGGGGGGUGAAGGGUGAAGGGAAUGAGACCAGCAACAUGGUCAUCACUUGGCAGCCGCUGGCGCCGGGGGACUGGAACGCGGCCGAGGUGCGGUACCGGGUGCAAUGGCGCCCCCUGGAGCCGGAGGGGGGCCGGUGGCACGAGAAGACGGUGCCGGCCCCCCCCGUGGUGGUCGGGGGCACCCCCACGUUCAGCCCCUACGAGAUCCGGGUGCAGGCGGUCAACGACGCCGGGAAGGGCCCCGAGCCCCCCGUUACCAUCGGCUACUCGGGGGAAGACUUGCCGUUGUUGUACCCCGAAAACGUGGGGGUCGAGAUCCUGAACAGCACCAGCGUGCGGGUGCGCUGGAGCCUGACGGGGCCCCCCCGCGACCUGCGCGGCCACCUCCGCGGCUUCCGGGUGCUGUACUGGCACGAGGGCUGGGUGGGGGAGCGCGCGCGCCGCCAGGCCCCCCCCGCCCCCCCCGGAGCCCCCCCCUCGCCGCGGGUGGUGACGGUGCCGGGCGAGGCCCACGGGGUGGUGCUGGGGGGGCUGCGGCCCUGGAGCCGGUACCGGCUGCGGGUCCUGGUGUUCAACGGCCGCGGCGACGGGCCCCCCAGCGACGAGAUCCGCUUCGACACGCCCGAGGACGUGCCUGGUCCCCCCGAGGAGCUGCACGUGGAGCGGGUGGACGAGACCACCCUCGCCCUGGAGUGGAAGCGGCCGCGGCACCCGAACGGCGUCUUGAUGGGGUUCCUGCUGCAGUACCGCCCGGAGAACCACUCUGAGGCGGAGCCGCCGAACGAGAUCACGUUCCCUGCCGGGACCCUCAACACGACCCUGGGGCGGCUCCAGCCCCGCGCCCGGUACCGCCUGGCCCUGCACGCCCUGAGCCGGGUCGGGCCCGGCGCCCCCCUCCUGCGCCUCGGCAGCCUCCGCCCCGAGCCCGUGCUGCCAGUGCUGGGGAGCGUGGUGGUGGGAGAGGUGGGUGAGGACUUCACGGUGCUGCACUGGACCCUCGCCCACCCUCAGGCCAACGUCGAGUUCAAGGUCCAGUACAUGAGCAAAACCACGGAGGGGUCCUGGCAGGACUCCGGCUCCGUCAACUCCUCGCUGGGGCUGUUCCGGCUGCGGGACCUGAGCCCCGGCACCUCCUACCGGGUGCAGUUCGUGGGGCGCAACCACUCGGGGCACCACGUGCCCUUCUGGGAGAGCGAGGUGCAGACCAACGGCACCCUGCUGCCCCGUCCCGCGCGCGGCUUCGCCACCGAGGGCUGGUUCAUCGGCUUCGUGAGCGCCGCGGUGCUGCUGCUGCUGCUGCUCCUCAUCCUCUGCUUCAUCAAGCGCAGCAAGGGGGGCAAGUAUUCGGUGAAGGACAAGGAGGACACGCAGGCGGACUCAGAGGCCCGGCCCAUGAAGGAUGAGACCUUCGGGGAGUACAGGUCCCUGGAGAGUGACGGCGAGGAGAAGGCGUCGCGGAGCUCGGGGCGGUCUCUGGGCGCGGCGGGGGCGGCGCUGGGCAGUGACGACAGCCUGGCGGGCUACGGCGGCAGCGCCGACGUGCAGUUCAACGAGGACGGCUCCUUCAUCGGGCAGUACAGCGGCACCCGCGGCUCCGGGCCCGCCAGCCCCGGCGCCGCCGCGCCCCUCGACUAGGGGGGACCCCCCUGGGGACGGGGAUCCACCCCCCCGCCCCGGGGCGACGGACCCCUCCGGGGCUGCGGAUGCGGGAGCCCCGCUAUGGCAUUGGGGGAGCCCCCCCAGCAACAUGGGGACCCCCUAAUGGCAUUGGGGGAGCAGCCAUAGCGUUGGGGACUCCCUAAUGGCAUUGGGGGAGCCCUCAUAGAAUUGGGGACCCCCUAAUGGCAUUAGGGGAGCCCUCAUGGUGUUGGGGACCCCCUAAUGGCAUUGGGGAGCAGCCAUGGCAUUGGGGACCCCCCCUCGACUCUAUGGGAGCCCCCAUGGCUACAUGAGGACACCCUAAUGGCAUUGGGGGAGCAGCCAUAGCAUUGGGGACCCCCCCUCUAUGGGAGCAGCCAUGGCUACCUGGGGACCCCGUAAUGGCAUUGGGGGACCCCCCUCGACUCUAUGGAAGCCGCUAUGGCUCCCAUGGUGCUAGGAACUCCCCCGUGGCAUUGGGGACCCCUCCUGGCAAAGUGGGAGACCCCCCCCAGCACUGCGGGGACCCCCCCAGCAACAUGGGGACCCCCCCAUAGCAUUGGGGGAGCCCCCACAGCAUCAUGGGAGCCCCUUCAUGGCAUUGGGGACCCCCCCAUAACAAAUUAGGGGAUGCCCCGCCAGCACUGAGGACCCCACUCAAGCCAAAUGGGGACCCCCAGAGUCCCCCCCUUGCAAAGGGACCCCCCCAAAGCCAAAGGGGACCCCAACCCCCUCCUCAACCCCCAUUAAGGGCCCCCCCUCAUCCACUGCCAAAGGGGGGAUCCCGCAGUGCCCCUCCCGCGCAAUGGGGGGGCUGGGGGGGAGCGGGACACCCCAAAAGCGCCUCACGGGGGGGGGACGGGGACCCCCGCUGGACAUUGCCAAACCCCAAGGCCCCCCCGAGGCCGGGGAUCUCUUUAGACCAAAUUGGGGGGGGUGUUUUUGCCCCCAUAUUCCAGCCCCCCCCCCAUAACCCUUCAGGGCCCCCCCCAGCCCUCGGGGUUUGGGAGGGCCCCGGCGCCCCCCCCAUCUCUGAAUGCAUCUCACGGCGCGGCCUUGGCAUCACCCCGCGACCCCCCCCGGCCCCCCCAAACCCCCCGCACCCCAAAUCCGCCCCCCGUGCGCUGGUGUGUAGCUGCGUUAGCCCCCCCCAACCCCCUCCAAGGAAAAGAAGCAGAAACGGCCCCAAAACGUCCCGAAACGGCCCCAAAACCGUCCAAAACGCCCCAAAAUGGUCCAAAAUGGCCCCGAAACGGCCGCCGAGCCCCGUGUGCCCCCCCCCGACCCCCCCCGGUCCCGGCGCGACGCGAAACGGGCGGAAAACGGGAACAAACGAUGAAAUAAAGGAGGAACCUGCGAGAA